AUGGGGAAAGGAAAUUCAACAAAUAGUAUAUAUGCCUUAGAAUGUAGCAAAUGGUACUUCGGGAAUGAGUGUAGCACAGAGUGCACGUGCGAUAAGGACAACACCGAUACAUGUGACCAUAUUACUGGUGCUUGCUCUUGUUUAAAGGAAUGGACAGAGGAAAACUGCGAUACAGAUGUAGAUGAAUGUUUAAACAACAAAAAUCUUUGUGAUAUAAAGACAAACUCUACCUGCAACAAUACCAUCGGUUCAUAUAAAUGUGUAUGUGAUACAGGAUUUAAGGACGAUGGAAAAAACAAAUGUGAAGAAUGUAACAUGUGGCACUUUGGUAAUAACUGUAGCAUGGAUUGCGCAUGUAUUAAAGAUAACACCGACAUUUGUAAUCAUGUUACUGGUGAUUGCACUUGUUUGAAGGAAUGGACUGGCGAGAACUGUACAGUUGAUGUAAAUGAAUGCUUGACCAACAGCAGUCUAUGCGAUGGAAAGACAAACUCUACCUGCAACAACACUAUCGGUUCAUAUAUGUGCAUAUGCAAGACAGGAUUCCAGGAUAUUGGGUAUAAAGAAUGUGAAGAAUGCACUGGGAACACAUAUGGUAAAAACUGCUCAGACAUGUGUGGCUGCAACAUAACUAAUUCAUUAAGUGAAAACCAAGCAUGUGACAUAAUGACGGGACAAUGCAAAUGUAAAGCCGGUUGGUAUGGUGACAGCUGUAAUGAUGAUGUAAAUGAAUGUGAAGAUAGUAGAACCUGUUCAACUGUCAGUGAUACAACGUGUGUUAACACAUUUGGUUCUUUUCUUUGUUACUGCCUAAGGGGUUUUACGAAAUCGUUUGACGGUGCCUGUAUAAAAGAGAGUUUAACGACAACUGCAGUUCCUGUAAAGGUUGUUUUUCGUUAA